AUGCUGGGGUUUUUAAUGGGUUUCAUACAACUGGGCUCUCUAUCGGUGAUCCUAUCGGACACAUUAGUGUCGGCCUUUUCCACCGGCUGUGCCAUACAAGUGGCCACUUCUCAACUCAACAGCCUUUUUGACAUUAAAGUCAAGGAUAAAGAGCCCAUCAAAGGGUUGCCCUUUAAAUUGGUCAAUGAUUGGAUAGGUAUAGCCAAGGAAUUGCCCCACACUAACCUGGUCACUUUAGGCCUAUCGGCGUUUGGCAUCGGGCUGUUAAUAGUUGUCAAAGAAUUUAUUGAACCAAAAAUCAAGAAACGAUUUAAAACAAAUAUACCGUUUCCUAUCGAUAUAAUGCUUGUGAUUGGAUUUACUAUAUUUUCUUGGCUCAUGAAUUUGCAUAAAAAUCAUAACGUGGGCAUAAUGCUGGACAUUCCCAAAGGGUAA